ACAUUCGCUCACCACGUGGCGUCACGAUGACCGUUCGCUCAAAAAGGUCCCUGCUUCAUUAAAUUGGGCCCCACCUGAACGGUUGAAAGAGGAUGAGCGGCUGCAAUUGGCAAGCAAUCCAUGACACGCUGAAACGCAGCUCCUUAUCUCCCUGCCCCUCCUCUUCUACUCCUAGAGAGAGAAAGUAGAGAGGGAGGGAGAGACGCAACUCCUUAUCUUCAACUUUAGCUCCCAUUCUCGCUCCUCUGCUCUUCUACUUCUAGAGAGACAGAGAGAGAGAAACACAACUCCUUAUCUUCAUCUUCAACUCUAUCUCCCAUUCUCUCACCUCUCCUCCUCUACUCCUAGAGAGAGAAAGAGAGAGAAAGUAGUGAGAGAGUGAAACCCAACUCCUUAUUUUCAUCUUCAACUCCACCUCCCAUUCUCUCCCCUCUCCUCCUCUACUCCUAGAGAGAGAAAGAGAGAGAAAGUAGUGAGAGAGUGAAACCCAACUCCUUGUUUUCAUCUUCAACUCUACCUCCCAUUCUCUCUCCUCUCCUCUACACCUAGAGAGAGAAAGAGAGAUAGAGAUAGAGAUAGAGAUAGAGAUAGAGAUAGAGAGAGAGAGAUGGCUCCCAAAGCUGGCCGGGGCAGGGGAAACAAAGGCAAAGGCGACAAGAAGAAAAAAGAUGAAAAAGUAAUUCCUAGCGUCAUUGAUAUAACCGUAGUAACUCCAUACGAGAGCAGAACUACUCUAAAGGGAUUGUCCCCUGAUAAGAUAAUAGACGUGCGGAAGCUAUUGGGUUCAAAUGUGGAGACUUGUCACAUAACCAAUUACUCUCUCUCCCACGAGGGCCGGGGGCAUCAAUUAAAGGAUGGCGUGGAAAUCGUGUCUCUUAAGCCUUGUGUGCUACGAAUGGUGGAAGAGGACUAUGUGACGGAAGCGCAAGCCUUUGCACAAGUUCGAAGAUUGCUGGACAUCGUCGCUUGCACGACUUUCUUUGCGAGGCACCGGAACAGGAAUGGUGGCUGCAAGGGCCGGAAGCAGGCGGCGGCUCCGCCCUACUCCGUCUCUCCAGCAGUCUCUUCGGCUGCUUCAAUUUCCGUCAACGAUGAAUCCCAGGAGCUUGCCGUUCCCCCCUUCUCCGUCAUGUUUGACAUGGCUGCAAUCCAACCACCGCCGAAGCUCGGCGAUUUCUAUGAUUUCUUCUCCUUCUCCAACCUAACCUCUCCCAUCCAAUUUAUAAGGAGGUGCGAAGGGGAUGGGAAGAGGCGAGAAGGUGACCACUUUGAGAUCGAGGUCAAAGUUUGUAAUGGAAAAUUACUACGUGUGGUGGCUGGAUUUAAAGGUUUCUACACUACUGGGAAGCACUUCGUUGAAAGCCAUUCACUUGUAGAUCUACUGCUCCAGCGCAGCAGGGCAUUUGCGAAUGCCUAUGAUUCCCUGAUGAAAGCUUUUGUAGACCAUAACAAGUUUGGAAAUCUACCAUAUGGGUUUCGGGCAAACACUUGGCUUGUGCCUCCAGUGUUUACUGAGUCUCCUUUUAAAUGUCCCUCGUUACCUGCUGAAGAUCUCAUGUGGGGAGGAAAUGUUCUUGCAGGGAGAUCUGACCACAGAAAAUGGUCAAAAGAUUUUUCAACUUUGGCUGCAUUUUCAAGCAGAACUGAAGAAGAGAGACUGGUUCGAGACCGCAAAGCUUUUUUGCUUCACAAUCUAUUUGUGGAGACUGCACUUUUGAAAGCUGAUUCAGCAAUUCGAAAGUUUAUUGACGCCAAUUCAGGUGCUUGCUAUGGCGAUUUGCAUGGGUCUGUCUUGUAUGAAGAAAAUGUAGGAGACCUGAAUAUAGUUGUAAGAAAGGACAUUCCUGAUGCUAGUAGAAAACUAGGGGAGAAGAUUGAUGGGAGUCAAAUGCUGAAUAUUUCUGAAGAAGAGCUUGCAAUAAGGAAUAUUCUCAAAGGUCUGACAGCUACUGAGAGUGUUUUUGUCAAUGAUACAGCCACAUUGGGCAUGGUCAUUGUAAGACAUUGUGGAUAUACUGCAACUGUUAAAGUGUUACAGUGUGUGGAUCACAAUGAUUACAUGCAACAUGUUUUUGAGAUUGCAGACCAACCAGAAGGUGGUUCUAAUUCUUUGAAUGUUAACAGCUUUAGAGUAUUGCUACACAAAUUGCCUAACAAUGAAUCAAUUGUGAGAUGUCUGUCUUCUUGUAAUGAUUAUGAUGAAGUAAGCGAUGGAAGGUGCUUAGCACACAGAAUAAUUAGUGAUAGUUUAUACAAUCUAGAGAAGGUUGUUGGUUGCACUGAGAAGGCAUUCAGAUGGGAACUUGGAGCUUGCUGGCUUCAGCACUUGCAGAAAAAUAAGAAUUCAGCAACUGAGGGGAAUAAUGAAAAUGAGGAAGAUAAUUUUGUUGAACCGAUUGUUAAAGGUUUUGGAAAGCAAUUUGAGCAGUUGAAGAGGAUAAGAAAGAAAAAGGACGCCCUCCAUUGCAGGCCUAUCAAGGAAGAUUCUAAUGUCAAUGACGCCCAACCAGGAGAAAUCCACAAUACUGAGAAACUACAACUAGAAGGAAAUGAGAACUAUGAAUUGAAGAAACGGCUAACAGAUGAUGCUUUUAAUUUCUUGAAAGAUUCAGGCACUGGCCUUCACCAAAAGUCAAUCAAAGAGCUCACCAAUAUGGCACAAAGAUAUUAUCAUGAUGUUGCUCUUCCAAAGCUGGUGGCAGAUUUGGCAUCACUUGAGCUAUCUCCAGUUGAUGGUAGAACCCUUACUGACUUCAUGCAUACACGUGGGCUUAAAAUGCGCUCCUUGGGUCGUGUUGCUGAGCUUGCAGAGAAGCUCCCACAUAUACAGUCUCUCUGUAUUCAUGAGAUGGUUACUCGAUCCUUCAAGCACUUUAUAAGAGCCGUGAUUGCUGCUGUUAAGAGCUUUUCAGAUAUUCCUUGCGCUGUUGCUACAGCACUGAAUGUCUUGCUAGGAUCUUCUGGAGGGGAUGAUGGAGACCUGGACAAGAUUAAGUGGCUGAAAGCUUUUAUAUUUAAAAGGUAUUCUUGGAGGUUACGAAAUGAGUUUCAGUUUCUGAGAAAGUUUGUUAUUCUCAGAGGGCUUUGUCAAAAGGUGGGGCUGGAGCUGUUUGCUAGGGAUUAUGAUAUGGACAGUCCAAACCCUUUCGAUAAAUUUGAUAUUAUCAGCAUAGUUCCUGUAUAUAAACAUGUCGUGUGCUUAUCCAUAGAUGGUAGGAAUUUAUUGGAGUCAUCCAAGACAGCACUGGAUAAGGGAAAGUUUGAGGAUGCUGUUAACUAUGGCACAAAGGCACUGUCAAAAACGAUAGCUGUGUGUGGUCCCUACCAUCGAAUGACUGCCAAUGCUUACAGUCUUCUUGCGGUUGUCUUAUACCAUACUGGAGAUUUUAGUCAGGCAGCCAUUUAUCAACAGAGAGCGCUGGAUAUUAAUGAACGGGAAAUUGGCCUUGACCAUCCAGACACCAUGAAAAGUUAUGGGGAUCUUUCUGUGUUUUACUACCGUCUGCAGCACAUUGAAUUGGCUUUGAAGUAUUCUAAUCGAGCACUCUAUCUUCUUCAUUUCUCAUGUGGACUAUCACACCCAAAUUCUGCCGCAACCUAUAUUAAUGUUGCAAUGAUGGAAGAGGGAAGGGGGAAUGCUAAUGUUGCUUUACGAUACCUCCAUGAAGCCCUCAAGUGCAAUCAACGUUUACUAGGGGCUGAUCACAUACAAACAGCUGCAAGCUAUCAUGCGAUUGCUAUAGCCCUUUCAAUGAUGGAAGCAUAUUCCCUCAGUGUGCAGCAUGAACAAACCACAUUGCAGAUUCUUCAUGCUAAACUAGGAUCCGAAGAUCUGCGCACUCAGGAUGCUGCUGCUUGGCUUGAAUAUUUUGAAUCUAAAGCUUUGGAGCAGCAAGAGGCUGCACGUAAAGGCAUGCCCAAGCCUGAUGCAUCAAUUGCCAGCAAAGGUCAUCUAAGUGUAUCAGAUCUCCUCGACUACAUAAAUCCAAAUCCGGACAUGAAAGAAAAGGACAUGCAGAGAAAGCAGAGGCAUACCAAGAGUAAUAGCAAACCUAAUCAAGGGGGAGGGGGGAGGGGGAGGGCUUUUGUCUUGGCAUUAUUGAACUGCCUGGUAUCAGCAGAAGAGUCGUCCGACGAAGGGUGGCAAGAAGCCAGCUUCAGAGGAAAAUCUAAUCACAUGCGACAGAAAUUUGGUUCAAGGCGACCCGGCCUUUCUAAGUUAGCUGCAAACAACUCGGAGUCAUAUUCUACUGUAAGUGUUGGUUAUAAGAUGAGAACCGUAUUACCGAAUUCUAAGUCCUUUAAUGGAGCCAGCUCUACUGAUGUCUCUUCUGUUGGAAAAUUGUGGAAUGCUUCCAGUUCAGUGGGAGAAGAAUCCAAUAAGGUUCAACUGGCUAGUCCUGAUGUAGAAGCUAGCACAGAACACCUUAAGGCUUCUGGUACGAGCAGGUUCGCUGCGGUGGCUUCCAAGUUUGCGUCAUACAAAGAAGUAGCCGUGUCACCUCCUGGCACUGUCUUGAAGCCUGCUGCUGGGCACUCUAUUCAGGUUAAGGAUGGGUCCAAUGAUUCCCUUGAGCAAAACAAGUUUGUAGAGAAAAUCAUGGAUGAAAAUAGGACAUGCCAGGAGGGUUUGGAAGAAUCGCCUAGUGAUUAUAGUGAGAAAGAGGACCACUCAAAUGAAGUAGUGGAAGUAGAUUUAGAUGAGAAACCUUCUACAAGUUCUGAUGAAGUCCUGGAAUUUUCUGAUUCAAAGAAAGCUGUGCCAAGCAGAAGCAGGCUGUCAGCUUCUGCUCCUCCAUUUAAUCCAUGCUCUCUGCUUUCAAUGUCUCAUCCAUAUAACUCAAAUGCAGUUAGUGGCAUAUAUAAUGCAAAAAAUGUCCAAAAGAGUGUGCCACGUCAAUUUUUUGAAUUUCCCUCUCCUGAUUCUGUAGAUCUUAGAGUCCCUCGUGGUCCCAGAUCCACUAUUUACUAUAGGUCUGGCCAUUCUUUUAGGAGGAAAGCUGGUUAUCCAAGUUGGAACAACAAUGUUUUGAAUAGAAAUAGCACCUCUCAGAGCAUAAUGAAUCCUAAUGCUGCUGAGUUUGUUCCUUCUAAAGAUCGGCACCCAGAUACAGGGAAAACUGCUGUUCUCUGCGAAGAAGCUCAAAAUCCAGAAAAGACUUCGUCUAGGCCGCAAGAAUUUACGAGUGCUGCAAAGAAUGAAACUUCAGAUGUUUACUUACAAGAGAAAACCAAAGUUGAGAAACCUGAUAAACAAGCGAUCAGAGAUAAUAAUGGGAGAAAUGACACCAAGAACUUGCAAAGAACUGAGCUUGCACGACAGAUUCUUCUCAACUUGGUUGUGAAAUCAUUUCAGCAUACUCUAAUCUCUUCAUCUGAUGCCGAGUCUAAGUCAUUUCCGGCUAAAACCAAGCCCAGGGAAAGCAAAGGACAGCAAUCUCAAUCUUCAAACAAUGUGCAGUUUAAGAAGGGAAGAAUUAAAAGCAGCAAGAAACAAGAUGCAGAAGGAUUUACGAUCGUCUCGAAGAGAAGAAACAAGAACCAAUUCCCUAGUGCAGUGAAUGGCUUGUAUGCUGAGCAAUUUAUCUGUACGUAGUGGGCUGAUUACACAGAAUAUUAUAAAUAAGGCAAGUAAGUUCUUUUUCCCAAUUUGAAUAUUUGAACAUUGCCAGUGUUAUUACUCGAGACGAAAUUGUAAUAUGGUAGUAUUCCGGCUUGUGAGCAGAAGAUAUUUGAGAAUGAUCUUGCAAUAAGAUGCUGGUCUGCAGCUUCUCAGUUUUCCAGGUGAUUGAUGAGAAGAGACCUGCAUGUACAUAAAGCCAUCUCAGGAUUGCUUAGGAAAUUUCAACAUCGUUUAUGGACAAAAGCUUUUCAACGUAUCAAAAUUGAUGAAAUCUAUAUGAUAAAGAAAUUGAUAUAUUUAUAUGAUUAAUCUGUAGGAAAAUAAGUGUGUAAUUAGUUUUUAUAGUUGAAAUAGGAGUUUUAAAAGGCUAUAAAGUGUAAAAUCAUCAUUUAAUAGCACUUGCUUUUGUAAACCUAUAUAUUUCACAUCCCAUCCAACACUAUUG